AUGGCGCUGAGCCUGGAGUCUACAACCAAUUUCCCCACGCUGACCGUGUCAGAAACUGUGUCUGAGUUGCCUGGCGGCCCCAAUGUGUCCCUCAACAGUUCCUGGACUGGCCCAACAGAUCGCAGCUCCCUGCAAGACCUGGUGGCCACGGGUGCCAUUGGGGCAGUGCUCUCAGCCAUGGGUGUGGUGGGCAUCGUGGGAAACGUGUACACCCUGGUGGUCAUGUGCCGUUUCCUGCACGCCUCAGCCUCCAUGUAUGUCUAUGUGGUCAACCUGGCACUGGCCGACUUGCUGUACCUGAUGAGCAUCCCCUUCAUCGUAGCCACCUAUAUAACAAAGGACUGGCACUUUGGAGAUGCGGGCUGCCGUGUUCUCUUUAGCCUGGACUUUCUCACCAUGCACGCCAGCAUCUUCACUCUGACCAUAAUGAGCAGCGAGCGCUACGCAGCGGUGCUGAGACCUCUGGACACGGUGCAGCGCUCCAAGGGUUACCGUAAGCUGCUGGCACUGGGCACCUGGUUGCUGGCACUGCUGCUGACCUUACCCGUGAUGCUUGCCAUCCGGCUGGUUCACAGAGGCCCCAAGAGCCUUUGCCUGCCGUCCUGGGGCCCUCGUGCCCACCGUAUUUACCUGACGCUUCUCUUCGGGACCAGCAUUGUGGGGCCCGGCCUGGUCAUUGGGCUGCUCUAUGUCCGCCUGGCCAGGGCUUACUGGCUAUCUCAGCAAGCCUCUUUCAAGCAGACGCGGCGGCUGCCAAACCCCAGGGUGCUCUACCUCAUCUUUGGCAUCGUCCUCCUCUUCUGGGCCUGCUUCCUACCCUUCUGGCUGUGGCAGCUGCUGGCCCAGUACCACGAGGCCAUGCCACUGGCACCCCAGACUGCACGCAUUGUCAACUACCUGACCACUUGCCUCACUUACGGCAACAGCUGCGUCAAUCCCUUCCUUUAUACACUGCUCACCAAGAACUAUCGUGAGUACCUGCGUGGCCGCCAGCGAGCACUGGGUAGUAGCAGUUGCCGUGGCCCAGGGAGUGCUGGCAGUUUCCUGCCCAGCCGAGUCCACCUCCAGCAGAAUUCCGGCCGCUCGGUGUCCUCCAGCAGCCAGCAGACCACAGAGACCCUCAUGCUGUCCCCAGUUCCCCCUAGUGGGGCCUUUGUCUAA